GACCUUCAAUUAAAAGAAAAAAAUUAGUGGUUGUAUCAUUGUCGGUAUUUAUUUGAUCUUUUUAACGAUAUCCAUUAUCUGAUAUUUUAUUCUUUAAUUCUGUAGUAGAAGGGAUUGAAAAACGACCCUUGUACAAGAUUACAUUGUAGUUUGAGAUUACCCGUGACGUCAUGGUAGAGCGGUGAAUUUAAUCAUUGCAUAUGGUUGUGGAAAUUUAUUGAGCGUGUUUUGAGCUGAUAAACAUGAACCUGAACUCACAAGAUGGAGCUCGGAGGAAACUCAAGUUCACUUCAUCGUCACAGACAGUGUACUACCUCGAUAUUUCUUCUUGUAAACUCAGAGUUAAAACUGUGCAGAGAAUCUUGUCAUUGCAUGGGAAAAUCGAGGAGUUUUUGUCAAAAGAAGUGAAUCUAGUGCUUACAGAUAGAGACGCCAUUUGCACUGAAGAAGAAGAGAUUCCUUCAAACACCGAUGUAAAACAAAGAACGAUGCCACUGAGCCGAGGAAGGGCUCUUUUGAUGAAGGCUGCAAAACAGAAAAAUCUUCCUAAUGAUCCUGUACGAUACGCCCAAACGUUGGGUGUAAACAUCCAGAAAGUCUCAACUUUUCUGAAGGACACAGAAUUUGUGAAAGAAAAGAGAAGUUGGAACAGGAGAGGUGAGAUGAAUGGAAUACAACCCUUGUCCUGGUCAGAGAAAGAUAACUGCCCGGUUGUGAGGUCAAAGAAAGCGAACUGUCCAAUCGUGAAAUGUGAAGACAUAAAGAAAAAUUACAAACCUCUUAUCAAGCUCUUUCAUGCAUUUCCACAAGCUAGGUAUGAUUCUGAAUUAAUUUCUCCUUUUGACAAAACUAUCAUGUUGUGUCGAAAAUCAAAAGAAAAUGUGAAUCGUUAUGCAGUGCCUAGACAGUCUGUACAAGUUUCCAACAAAGCGGUAUACUGUGAAGCCUGUGAUUGUUGGUUUAAAUGCUCAUUGAGACAACACUUACACAGUGAAAAACAUUUGAUUUUCACCAGAAACCCAACCAAUUAUAGAGCACUAGAUGAAAUCAUGGAAAAGGUGCCACCUUUAGAAAUGUUUAUAAAGAAAUUCAGUCUCGUUGAAGGGACAUCAGACGACACCACAAUCAAGGAAAAUUCAUCAUAUCCUGAAUCUUUGCUUGUUGUGAGCACUCCAGAGGAAGAAAUGUCACAGAACAAAGAAACAAAACUUUAUGUGUUUGAUAGCUGUUCUGCGGGGAAAACCUUCAUAAAAACUACAGUCAAUUUCACUAAAAAAACUAAAACUAUUUGUAAUGAAUGUGGAUUUGAAACUGAAAGUAACUCUAAAGAAGACUUGUCUGUUAGAUUAAAUUGUAAGUCAUCAGUGAAAGACACAACAAAUCAACAAUCCCCAAUCAAAGACACAGCUAGUCAACAAUCAGCAGAUACAGCCAAUCAACAGUCAGCAGACACAACCAAUCAACAAUCAGCAGACACAACCAAUCAACAAUCAGCAGACACAACCAAUCAACAAUCAGCAGACACAACCAGUCAACAAUCAGCAGACACAACCAAUCAACAAUCAGCAGUUAAAGACACAACCAAUCAACUAUCAGCCGACACAACGAGUGUACAAUCAGCAGACACAACCAUUCAACAAUCAGCAGUUAAAGACACAACCAAUCAACAAUCAGCAGUUAAAGACACAACCAAUCAACAAUCAGCAGUUAAAGACACAACCAAUCAACAAUCAGCAGACACAAUAAGUCUACAAUCAGCAAAGACAACCAAUCAACAAUCAGCAGACACAACAAGUCUACAAUCAGCAGACACAAUCAAUCAACAAUCAGCAGACACAACCAAUCAACAAUCAGCAGUUAAAGACACAACCAAUCAACAAUCAGCAGACACAACCAAUCAACAAUCAGCAGACACAACAAGUCUACAAUCAGCAGACACAACCAAUCAACAAUCAGCAGUUAAAGACACAACCAAUCAACAAUCAGCAGACACAACCAAUCAACAAUCAGCAGACACAACCAAUCAACAAUCAGCAGACACAACCAAUCAACAAUCAGCAAUUAAAGACACAACCAAUCAACAAUCAGCAGACACAACCAAUCAACAAUCAGCAGUUAAAGACACAACCAAUCAACAAUCAGCAGACACAACCAAUCAACAAUCAGCAGACACAACCAAUCAACAAUCAGCAGAUACAACCAGUCAACAAUCAGCAAUUAAAGACACAACCAAUCAACAAUCAGCAGACACAACAAGUCUACAAUCAGCAAACACAACCAAUCAACAAUCAGCAGUUAAAGACACAACCAAUCAACAAUCAGCAGACACAGCCAAUCAACAAUCAGCAGACACAAACAAUCAACAGUCAGCAGACACAACCAAUCAACAAUCAGCAGACACAACGAGUGUACAAUCAGCAGACACAACCAAUCAACAAUCAGCAGUUAAAGACACAACCAAUCAACAAUCAGCAGACACAACCAAUCAACAAUCAACAGACACAACCAAUCAACAAUCAGCAGAUGCAACCAAUCAACAAUCAGCAGACACAACCAAUCAACAAUCAGCAGACACAACCAGUCAACAAUCGGCAGUUAAAGACACAACCAAUCAACAAUCAGCAGAUACAACCAAUCAACAAUCAGCAGUUAAAGACACAACCAGUCAACAAUCAGCCGACACAGCCAGUCAACAAUCACAAGACACAACCAAUCAACAAUCAGCAGACGCAACCAAUCAACAAUCAGCAGUUAAAGACACAACCAAUCAACAAUCAGCAGUUAAAGAUACAACCAAUCAACAAUCAGUAGUUAAAGGCACAGUUACUCAAAGGUCACCAGUUAAAGACACAACCAAUCAACAAACAGCAGUUAAAGACACAGCUACUCAAAGGUCACCAGUUAAAGACACAACCAAUCAACAAACAGCAAUUAAAGACACAACCAAUCAAAGGUUACCACUUAGUAGCAUAGCAAAUCAAGACUCACUUGUCAGAAAUCCAACAAAUCAAGGAGUGCUUGAACACAAAACAUCAGAAUGUGAAGGAACAACCUCACAAAGACAGGACAAUAAAUCCUCAAAGAGGAUACAGUCAGACAUUUACUUCAGUCCCAUACACUCCCCAAAUUACAUGCCAGAUUAUCUUAGCUUUGCGGACCUGGCCAACCGCUGGAUGGCAGACAUCAGAUCUGCAUGUGCUGCCAAACAUGCCAAGAGGGAGACAUUUAAAGCUAUCUCCGUUCAAGAACAGCAUGUCACUGUCUCGGCUUGGGAGAAUAUUUUAGAAAACGAAUCGAAAUCUGUCUCAGUUGCAGAUUGUGAGAAGAGUAUACUUAAUACUGACAUAGUGAAUGUUUCUUCUGUAGUUUCUAUUUCCCAUCUUACAACUUCAAGUGUCAGCCUUGUUCAACAUGUGAAUAAAGUGGAUGUAGCCUCAAAUACUGACAUCCCAUACAAACAUCAUGAAAAGUUACUGAAUAAGAAACCAAUUAUCUUAAGUGAUGUUAGCAAAGAAAACAUCUAUGGACCGAUCACAAACAAAAUACCACGGUCAGAUGUCCAUCCUAAGGCCCCUGUCAGUAGGAAACUGUCCUACUCCCCAUGUGUCAGCAAUUCUGACAGCAUUCCACCACUAAGUGUCACAUCAGAAGACAAGGAGAACCAGUCAACUAUACCUUAUUACCCGGAACCAGUACAACAACCAAUCAAAAUCAAGAUCCACCUGAACAGUCUGAAGGACACUCCUGAUGUACAACUUGUCAGGUCCCACAGGAAACGUGGAAAACUUCUCAGGGGUACUUCAUCUAGUGUGUACUGUGCUGUUCAACAAAGUGACAUGAAACUUAAACUGUGCAAGGUCAAGGUCACUCCAGUACAACAGAAUGGGGAUUUGCGUCACUACUGGAAGGUACGCAAAUCUGGAGGUUGUCGACUUGUGUUCAGUGCGGAGAAAAGAAAGGCUAGUGAUGAUGGCAAUGAUACGCCUUUAGCAUCCAAAAGGAAACGCAUCGAUGUGAUGUAGCCAUGACGUGAAUUCUGUAAAUAUGGUUGUAACUAGAAUUAUUUUCAAAAUAGUUUUUGUGAAUCAGGUUAUGAUUAGAAUGGUCUUUCCAAUAUAAACAUAUCAAUGGGGGAGGGGGGAUCCAUCUUGCAUAAAGUGUACUGCUUAUUAUUGAAAGUUAGAAAAUUUGAUACAUGAAUACAUACAUUACGCAGGGGUUUUCCUCUAUAUUUUAAUUUCACUCUUAAACAUUUUUACCUGUAUCUGGAUUUCUGUGCAAUACUGGGUUCUAUUACCACAUUCAUCCUAUUGAGCACCCUGGGAGCUUUGAAAGUUGGAAAAGACAAUUAUUUAGAACUUUGUUUUGGAAUCUUUUUCAGUGAAAUUUUGACUUUGAGAAAUGUUGAAACAGAUAUCAAAUGCUAAAUGAGUUAUUGUUGUACUUUCCUUUGUGAUAAUAUAAUCUAUUCAGCUCUUAUUCACCGAUUUAUUAUUUCAAAUUAUCAAAACAACAUAGUAAAUAUAUACAAAAAUGUAGUUGCUAUUACGGAUAUAAGGUAAGUCAUACUAUAUUCAAAUUGGAGUUUAAGAAAGACCCAGGGGCACUCAUAUGGGCAAGUAGGGGCGCUCAAUAGGAUGAAUACUGUAAUGAUGAGCUAAAUGUUUUCUAUGAUUUGAUGUUCGUGGUGCUCAAUAUGAUAGAGAUUAUCUUUCAUGUUCAAGUUAUUAUGAUCUCAUUGGGAAAAAAGUUUGUAUCAUUAAAAAUAUAUGAAAUGUAGAACAUAAUUCAUGCCUUAUUUAUCUACUUAACAACCCCCCCCCCCCUUUUUUUUUAAUAUUGAAUUUCCCAGUAGUAUUUGAUGCUACCAGUAAUUCUAAGACUCAGUAUCGAAUUACAUUUUGUGAUUAAAGACCUGAGUCUAUAAACUACUAUAUACAUAUGAUGUUCCUCUAUUUACCUAUAUCUUUGCGUGCAAUACAUUGUUUUGGCAUUAAUAAGCUAAUUUUUCUAUACAUUUUUUCAUGCUUAGUUUUUUUUUGUUUUUUGUUCUAAUUUGUGCAAUGUAAAUCACAUACUUUGUCCAUUUAUUGAUAAAUCCAUAUUUUGCAUUUGUUCAAAUCAAAAGUUAGUUCUACUUUUGAUAGGUGAUAAUGUAUAUUUUUUUUUAAAAACAAGGAAAUUGAAAUGAAUUCUUGGAAAUUAUAUACAUGUAUGUGCAUGUUUUAUUAAUUUUUGUGGAAAAAACCAUAUUUACCACUUUUGCAGCAUUUUUUGCAAAUAUGACACGACAUUUGUUGUCCAGUGUUGGUUGGUGUUUUUUUAUCAUUUAUUGAUGUCAUAUAUUACAAUUACAUGGAUAAGAGAGUUGUAUACACAUUGUUUACAUCGUCAUUCUAGAGGCAGUGUAAAUCUAAACCAUCUGACCAUACAGUAACGUUAAUCACUCAAGAUUGUAAAUCUAUUUUGUUGUUUAUGAUGUCAUAUUGGAGGUCUUUUUAGGAAUCCAAGAAAACGAUGUUUCUUCACAAUUUUUAUGUGAAAAUUUCAGGGUGUUUUAAGUAAAGAUCAGACCCACGAUAUUUUGUAAUAACGGAAUUAUUUGAGAAGUAAAAUGAGGUAACUCUGUAUCGAAUAGGGAUUAUUCUUUGAAACAUCAAUAUGAUAUAUAAUCCUACAUUAGAAAGUAUUUAUUUCAUGAUAUCUAAAAUUUGUGGAAGUUUUACGAUUAUGUUAAAAAAAUUAAAUCUCAGAAAAGUGACUGUAUAUAUACUUAUUUCCAACUGCAGUGAAGGAAAAAUAUCCAUAGUCGAGUUGUCUAAUAGUGAAGGGAAAAUAUCCAUAGUCGAGUUGUCUAAUAGUGAAGGGAAAAUAUCCAUAGUCGAGUUGCACAUGUCUAAUGGCUUUUUUUAUUUUAUUCAUGUGCCCGAUCAGAUUGUCUACUGUUGCAAUUAUAUAUUAUCGAUGGAUAAAAAUGUCAAUGUUCAUACCUGGUAUUUUACGGACAUAAUAAAGGAGUAAUUUUAUGACUAAAAUAUCGUAUUUACAAGUUUUGAUUGUGAUUUCUGGUUUUUGAUAAUGUUUAACGGUCGUUUAAUUGUCAUAUUCUCUUUCAGACCAAAUGAGUUUUUAAAAAUAUAUAUUGGGAGCAGUUUUUAUUCAAUCUAUUUUUAGCUGAUGGUUUUGAAGAUGCUGAUGAUUUUAACAGCUAACUUUGAAUGAAACUAUGGUACUUUGCCUAUUUUUUAUACAAGAAGCCUGAAAUAAAGUUGUUAUAAAUA